AUGUCGCAGCUCUCGGCGGUUUAUCGGGCCCCAGAUGUCGAGCUAAAAGAGUUCCAAAUCGAUGCUUCAAAACAGCAUUACAAUACUACAAAUGGUGCCACGACAGGACCCAGUGCGUAUGUGUUACAAGCGGGCCAGAUCGAUGUGGACAAGCCCUCAGAGGGUCGAAAAAACGCCCAGGGUGAAUUCACUUACCUGAGUAAAUUGCGCAUGCACUUGACCGGACUUCAAGACGAUCUCAAUGAGUAUUUGACGCAACGAAUGGAACAAGCUAAAAACAAGAAACUCAAGCAAGCUGACGAGGCAAGGAUAAAAGCAGAGAUUGAAAAUUUACUGGACGGAGGUGACGAUGAGGAUGACGAACAGUAG